AUGGCGGGACAAGGGGAUCACGACCUGAACUGUCUGACAAUCGAAGAGCUCGAGCACCAUGCAUACGACCGCAUGGAUAAGCAGACACGAGACUACUACAAUGAAGGCGCAGACUCUGGUUCGACAUUGAGAGAGAAUACCACCGCUUACGAGAAAUAUCGCAUCCGCCCGAGAGUUCUACGAGAUGUCUCUGCCGUUGACACGGGCGUCGAGAUUUUUGGUCAGCGAAACAGUGUGCCAAUGGGGGUGGCUCCCACAGCGAUGCAAUGUCUCGCGCAUUCGGAUGGUGAACUAGGUACAGCAAGAGCUUGCGAGAAGGCAAAGGUAGCGAUGGGUCUUUCUAGCUUCGCGACCAAAACGCUGGAAGAGGUUGCAGAGGCAAGCGGAGACAACGCGAAUGUCUUGCAGCUCUAUCUCUUCGAAGAGAAGGAACAUAGCCGGAAAAUUAUACACCGUGCGAAAAAGGCCGGGUUCAAGGCUGUAUUCCUCACGGUCGACACACCAUUCCUCGGAAGAAGGAAUCUCGAAAUCCGAAACCAGUUCAAGCUGCCGCCUCAUUUUCAGAUUGCGAAUUUUGCAGAGGAGCAGGAUUCAGCUAUGCAGGAGGGUAGCAGCAGACCGAAGCUUGAGAGAAAGCCAAGUCAGGCCGGGUACCACGAUGGCGAAAAGAGAGUACAACCUACCGGUCCAGUAACCUUUCAUACCCACGCUGCGAAUCCCACAUUGUCUUGGGAGAGCGACAUUGACUGGCUGAAGAAGGAGUGCCAGCCGGAAAUGCAAGUCUGGGUAAAGGGCAUCGCAACAUCCGAGGACGCUAUCUUGGCACUUCACCACGGCUGCGAUGGAAUCGUGGUUUCCAACCAUGGCGGUAGGCAGCUUAACGGUGCCCUUGCAACUAUCGACGCGCUUCCGGAGAUUGUGGAAGCGGUUGGCGGGAAGAUUCCAAUACACGUCGAUGGCGGCAUCCGGCAUGGGACGGAUGUGUUCAAGGCAUUAGCUCUAGGCGCGGAUUUCGUCUGGAUCGGAAGGCCGGUGCUAUGGGGUCUGGCAUACCGCGGGCAAGCAGGUGUGGAGCUAGCCUUGAAGCUGUUCACAGACGAAAUCAAAUUAUGUAUGGCGUUGGCCGGAACGACCAAGGUCCGCGAUAUCAACAAGGAGUAUCUGGUGAAGGUGAGUCUUUUUUCUGGGAUGACGGUGAAGUUGAUGCUGAUGCAACAUGAACAGAUGGACAGAAGCGGCUUUAUUGCAAGGCUGUAA